AUGAGUACAAGAAGAACCAGCAGAACGACCAAGGCUCAAAAAGAAGGUGCUAGUGAUAUUCUAUCAAUCUCUAGUCCUGUGAGUGAUAAACCAUUGAUUUCUACUUCUGAUAUCACAGCUACCGCUAAACGAGCAUUAAGAACCAAGAUAAAAGUAGACCCCAGCAUAGAUGCGAGUAUAUUCGAGGAGCAAGCAUCUGAAAACGAUGAUGACGAUGACUUUGUUAUAGAUAAUAAUGAUAAUGGAGAUACAAAUGGAGAUGAUAUAUCUUUCUCAGAGGUUGAGGAAUUAGUUCAAAAAACACCAGCGUCUAAGAAAAGAAGAAUAACAAAGAACAGCAUUCCAACCAACAAGAAACCUAAGAGUUCUAUAAAUGCCAUGCAAAAUAAAAAUAAUCGUGUUGUCAGGGGAUUUAAAGACCUAACAUCUCAAAGGGCAAAACUUGGGAGACUUUUUGGUAACAAUGAAGAAAAGCUAUUAACACUAGCUAAAGCGAAGGAAGCAUUUGAAGGUUCUGCAUUUAGUUUUCCAACAGAGAAUGUCCAGAAGGGUAGCAAGUACUACCUGGACUAUAAACCAUUAUGUUCAGUACAAUCGGACACCUCAGUCGAAGAAUUGACUAAUAUUUUUGGGGUGUCUAAAAACCACACAAAAUAUAUACAAUUGACUGAACCUGAAAUGUUUGAAAAAUUCAACUAUUCAAAAGAUAAAUUAGGUGUAAUAAUAGGUGAAGUACAACAUUUUUUAAACGUUGGGGAUAAAUUAGAAUUCCCUGUCUUCAAUAAUAAUAAUCGUAAAGGUUUUGUAUAUAAUGCAGGUGGUUUAGUAACAGAUAUGGCAUGGCUAACAAAUGAAAACCUAGAUUCAUCAGAACAAUACUUAGCGGUCAGUAUAAGUAAAAUACAUAAAAACCCAUCUGAUAAACGUCUAAUGUUAUUUGAAAAAGAAUGCCAUUAUUCUUCGAUUGAAAUUUUUAAAUUACAUACAAUCUCACUGAAAUUUGAUAAAGUUCAAACAAUAAUACAUAAUUUUGGGGAAACAUGGAACCUUAAAUGGCACGAAGGCUUUAAUGAAGUAUCUACAUCUAAUGAUUAUAUUGGAUUAUUAGGGUUUUGUUGUCAAGAAGGAUCUGUCAAAUUAAUAGAAAUUAAUCGAAAUGAAAAUCUCAUUAUAACGGAACUGGAGUCUCCAUCCUUUUCGUUUUCUAUUCCCGAAUAUUUAAUAACAAGUUUUGAUUUCCUUUCGCCAACUGCAAUAGUAUGUGGAUUUAAUAGCGGGCAUUUAGCAGAGUUUGUAUUAUCAGAAACUGAUCUACCGUCUUAUUUCAUCAAAGUCACUGAAUCGUAUAUUGUUAAUAUAUCUGUCGGUUACUCGAAAUUUGAAAAUCCUGUUAUUGCUACAAUUUCAAUUGAUGGUAACAUGCACAUUUUCGAUCCAAAAGACAUCUUCUCAAGCAAGUGUACUCUAAAUAGAUUUAAAGGUGAUAUAUCACUACCUUUAACAUACCUUCCUAAUCUUUAUGCCUUUAUUUAUUCAGAUUCAGGAAACAGCACGAAAUUUAUUACUCCUAAAGCACAAUUUCCCCUUCAGAUCUCUUCAUUAGAUGCUAAUGUUACAUCUUUCGGAAGUUCAAGACUUCAUCCUUUUAUUUUAUCAGCUGGGUCAGAUGGUAUAAUUCAAAUCGACAAUGUUGCCAGAAAAAUAUUUGAUAGUUUGAAGAAAACUAAUUCACACAAAACAUUACGUUUAUGGAAAUGGGAUUACAGUAAAAGAGAUAACUUAUAUAAACUAAACCAUCACUAUGAGGCCAAAAAAAUGGUUUCAAAUGAAGUUUUCAAUUGUAAACUUAAUCCUCAUGGUAUUAAUAUUACUACAGUAAAGUGGAAUGAAAAUAGGGCCGGGUGUAAGUUUUAUGCAUUCGCCAAUGCGGCAGGUUUUUUGACAUUUGAAGAAUUAGAAUAA